CGUUACAAGAGGAUAACGUUUAGGGCUAUAACGCCACUUUAGGCUAAAUGUUUUCAUUUAUUUUCGCAUGACAUCGUCCAUUUUGUUUGUAUAUUUAAGGCAUUUGUAUUGUUUGGUCUUAAAUGUUAAAAAAAUGGUUGAUACAAACUCACAUUGUGUUCAGCUGUCCACACCUGCAGCACUGUGGGCCUCCUCUCAUGCUCAAUGAGCUUAUUAAGAUCAUUUCUGCAUGUUGUUUGGGCUCCUGCAUGAUUAUGUGAAUCCUUUUGCACCGCUGCGACCACCACCACCACCACGUGAACGCGCACGUCUCUUAAUGGGAGUUACGUGCGCGCGUACACAGCCAGAGUCACAAAAGCAGCAGCUCCUCAGUGAAGUGGGCGCACAACUUCUGCACCGACAUCAACAAACGACCCCAGGAGCAACUCGAUGCAGAGCGGAGAGAAACGCGGAGCAGAUGUGUUUGGAGGAGAAGAAAGUUGAGUGAUGAUAUUUUAGUAACUUUAAAAAAAGAAAAGAGGAGAUCAAAUUAAGGAUUUUCUCACAUUGCAAUUUGGGAACUUUUGGCUCAACACGAUGGAUGGUGGGAAGAUGACGGUGACAUAACUUUGCAUCUCGGGAUCGCUGCGUUUUUCUAUCAAUAAAAAAGUAGUCUAAAUGAAGAGUCUGUAACCGGGACCGACGCUCGGUGGCCGGGAGCUGCAGCCCAGCGGACGCAGGGACCCGUGAACCGCAGCGGCUUGCCGGGAUGGUGCGCCUGCUGAACUGCCUGCUGCUGGGAUAUCUGACCUGGAAUCUGCGGAUAUCGGACGCGCAGGGGGAGUACUGCCACGGCUGGCUGGACGCUAAUGGGAAUUAUCACGAUGGCUUCCAGUGUCCGGAGGACUUUGACACCACGGACGCCACCGUGUGCUGCGGCUCCUGCUCGCUGCGCUACUGCUGCGCGGCCGCGGACGCACGGCUGGACCAGGGCAGCUGCACCAACGACAGGGAGGUGGACAACACCGAGUUUGCAGCGCGUAAGUUUU